CCCCGCCGCGCCGUGUUGUCCUCUGCGCCUGAGGCAAAACAGCUAGUCUCGCGCUCUCUGCCUUGCAGCAGCGCGGGAUCUGGGUGACGCGGGCUGCGGAAGCCGGAGCUGUGCAGACCGCGUCCCCGUCUCCUCUCCUGUCGCCUGUCUCCCCCCCCCUCCCUCGCUCUUCUCUCCGCCUCGUCGGGCUCGGCUAAGAGCGAGUGGCAAGAUGGCGGCGCCCAGGAUGCCACCCUCCCGGCUGUCGGGCGUCACGGUGCCGGCGCCCAUCCAGGACCUGGAGGCCCUGCGCGCGCUCACGGCGCUCUUCAAGGAGCAGCGUAACCGGGAAACAGCACCCAGAACGAUCUUCCAGAGAGUCCUGGAUAUCUUAAAGAAAUCUACUCAUGCUGUUGAGCUGGCCUGCAGGGAUUCUUCCCAAGUGGAGCACCUGGCUUCCAGUCUUCAGCUAAUCACUGAAUGCUUCAGGUGUCUUCGGAAUGCUUGUAUAGAGUGUUCUGUGAACCAGAAUUCAAUCAGGAACCUGGAUACAAUUGGCGUUGCCGUUGAUUUGGUUCUUCUCUUUCGUGAACUCCGAGUGGAACAAGACUCUUUGUUGACAGCUUUUCGCUGUGGCUUACAGUUUUUAGGCAACAUUGCCUCACGGAAUGAAGAAUCCCAAUCCAUUGUUUGGGCCCAUGCCUUCCCAGAACUCUUCAUGUCUUGCUUAAAUCAUCCAGACAAAAAGAUUGUUGCCUACUGUUCAAUGAUUUUAUUCACAUCUCUUAAUCAUGAAAGAAUGAAAGACCUGGAAGAAAACCUCAAUAUUGCGAUUAAUGUCAUAGAAGCUCACCAAAAGCAUCCAGAGUCAGAAUGGCCGUUCUUGAUUAUUACAGAUCACUUUCUGAAAAGCCCAGAAUUGGUAGAAGCCAUGUAUGCCAAACUCAGCGAUCAGGAAAGGGUUACACUGUUAGACAUUAUGAUAGCCAAGAUAGGGGGCGAUGAGCAACUGACAAAGGAUGACAUCUCUAUAUUCUUGCGCCAUGCUGAGUUGAUUGCAAACUCAUUUGUGGAUCAGUGUAGGAAUGUGGUAAAGUUGAUUUCAGAACCUCACACUGAGGAUAAGGAAGCCCUGGUUACAAUUCGGCUGCUGGACGUCUUGUGUGAAAUGACAUCCAACACUGAGCUUCUCGGCUACCUACAAGUUUUUCCUGGCUUAAUGGAACGAGUGAUUGAUGUUUUACGAGUGAUUCAUGUAGUUGGAAAAGACACCACGAACAUCUUUAGUCCCUCUGGCACUCUAAAAGCCGAGGGUGACAUUGAACACAUGGCUGAAGGGUUUAAGUCUCAUCUCAUCCGACUGAUUGGAAAUCUGUGUUACAAGAAUAAAGAAAAUCAAGACAAAGUGAAUGAGCUGGAUGGCAUUCCUCUGAUCUUGGACAGCAGCAACAUCGAUGACAACAAUCCCUUUAUGACGCAGUGGGUGGUGUAUGCUGUCCGAAAUCUCACUGAGGACAACAGCCAAAACCAAGAUUUCAUUGCAAAAAUGGAGGAGCAGGGAUUGGCAGAUGUGUCCCUGCUGAAGAAAAUGGGUUUUGAAGUUGAAAAGAAUGGGGAGAAACUGAUUCUGAAGUCUAAAAAAGACAUCCCCCCACCUUGAAUGACCUCUCCAUGUGAACAUGUUCAGAUUCUGUCUCAUGGAUCUCUCAUCUCUACAGUAUAUGGAAUCACAAGUACUGGAAAUGUAGAGCACAAAUGCGGGAACCUCUCCAUCCUUUAGAGUUCAGUGUGUGUAAGCUACAAGUGGACAUUUUCUUUAUUUCUUUGCAGUAAGUGUAAUGUCUGCCUCACCUUUGUCCCUCUGGGGAGAAUGAGCUUUCCAGUCAUAUACGUUGUGCUUACUGUUGUAGUGGAUAAUAAACACUCUUGAGGGCAUAGCCCUUACUUGGCAAA